AUGCCGUUUGCGGAUCUACUUUGGCGAUCUUCGCCACACAGUACCAUGGAUAUCCAAAUUCAGAGUGUCCCAACCUCUUACCCUACAGCAGCACAACCACCUUCUCGGUCGUCAUCGUCAUUGUCGCCAUCCCGCACUCCCUCCCUUCGUCGACGUCUCACUUUUGGACGUACCGCUAAACCACAGCCUUCUCCAGCGAUACACGGCGAUCUGCUUUACCCAACACAAGCCGUACUUGCCGGUGCCACAACCAACAGAGCUUCCCACUAUUCAACCCCCGACGAUCACAGCAUUGGCCGCGCGCCAGCACGCACUCCGAGCCUCACUGUCGUAUCAACGUCCAAGCCUCCUUCUGCUACCCACUCUCGCAUGCAUUCGCCGCUUCCUCGAGGCGUAUCUCCAACAACCUUUGCUCUAUCUUUGCCUGCCGCGUCUCCGACGCAUCAGUACGACAGGCUGCUCGAUCCGUCAAGUACAUCUGCUUCUGUUUCCUCUCGCACGUCUCCUUCACCCUUGAACAAUCCACCACCACCACCACCAUCAACCUCGACGACGUCUGCGUUGCAACAAAUCGCACAACCAGCUUCAUCAACAAGUCUGUCUCAAAACUUGCCCACAUCAGCCGAGCCUUCUUCCACAACACCUUCCAGCAGCAAGGGCCAGAAGUUGCGAUCACCCUUCCCUCCUGCUUCUUCCUCGACACGUACGAGCAGCACACAUCGCGACAGAUCCGUUAUGGGUACUGCCAUGUUUCGAAGAGCUAGUUUGCGUCGUCGCACUGCUUCCAGCGACUCUACCAUCUCACUUACCCAAAAGGCUCUGCCGCAAGCCACAGGCCCAACGCCACCACCCGAACCCAAAGCCACAUCCAGCAUCAUGGCCACCAUUGCUUCUGCGCCGGUCGCUCCGGUCGCUCCGGUCGCUGCAGCAGUAUCUCUGCCCGCUUCAGACGCACCAACAGGCCGCUUUGCGCGUAUCUUUGGCCGUAGAAAGUCGUUCUCGGGUCCCACCAACGUGUUUCCCAAACCCAAUUUGGUAUCCAACCCUGUCCCUGCGCUGCCACACGCCAAUGGCUUAGUCCACAAGAACUCGCCUCCUCUGGCAGUCAUCUCUUCUGGCUGGCAAGGGCCACCAGAUGAGACGAAUUCAUCUCGAGCCAAUUCUGGUCACAGCGUACCCCUUUCUCCUCGAACCAUGUCGCCACUCCUUCGGCUCUCUUCGGAAAACCCCGUUUCUAGCGUCAAGGGCAAUGCGCACAAGGCUCUCGCUCCAGCAGCAGUACAGUUACAGUCAGUAGACAGUCAGAGCAGCAAAGUCUCGACAUUCUCAUUCCCAGCUCGAAUGUCACUCUCCAACGACUCAUGGCAACAAGCGCCAUCAGUGGCCGAUUCAUCGCGUCAGAGACUAGCGGAACAUUCGGCCAGCCGGUCUCGGUCUGUACCUCUGGCAACCUUGCCUAUCUCAAAUCCGAUCCCGCUGUCCCCCUCGCAGAAUCCCUUCGAAGGUUCCACGAUGCCAUCGCCUCAGCGCCGUCCUACUCGCCCAGGUCGCAGUCUCAGCUUCAGUCUUGGCCAUAGGAAGAAAAGCAAGAGCCUUUCCAUGAUUGGACACAUGUUUGGCAGUAGUAGCUCGCAGACAGAACCAUUCACAGCAUUGCCUCGGCUCCCAGCCGCAGCUUCGACCCUUAGCGAGAGGUACCCACCUGCCGAGAACGGUGUGAGUCCGGUUAUCGAACCCACCGUGUCAAGCCAUUCUCGCAAGCCUUCACUGCGAGUUCGGCUUAAAAUGGGACGUGGUGCUGCUGAACAGGGCUCGCAGCGCCCUACUACACCCGAGAUCGAGAGCUGGAAGCAAAGAUUGGCCGAGCCUCGUGUCGAUGUUGCAUCCGAUCAGACAGAACGAAUGCUUCGGGCCAAUAGCGAUGAUGCUUUCCGAUCCAAGCAUUCUGGAUCACCCGUCAAGAUUGUACGUUCCAAGAGUUUGAUCAGACGCAAGCCGCCCCCCGAGAUCAAGCAAGAGGAAAUCGAUAUCAGCUCGAGUACUCCAGUGUAUGGCAAGGCCUUUCGAACGCUCAAAGUGGAUCAACACGCCAGCUCACCGUUCGGUGGUAGCCCUACAUCCUCGCCUGAACUUGUGAUUACUACGCUACCGGAUCCCGAACCACGAGCUGACUUUGAGCCGACAGCUGCUCGCGGUCUCGGUCUCAUUGACGCUUCUGCUGCAGCUUCGAAAGGCGCCAAUAGCUCAGUUCCCAGCAUCGACAUCCGGCCUGGUACGCCCUCUCGCGAAGCUUGGCCUGAUGUUGCGUCCAGUCCGACUAACUCUGCCUCACAACUAAGCCGGCAGAGGCUUGCGCCUGGCUCACCGCCCCAUGUGCCUCAAAGACGCCGUUCUUCAGGUAUGCACAGCAUUGCUGACACCUCAAUGUCUGUUGAUCGACCAUGGUCUCUGAUCAGCGCUAGCGAGGCUGACACGCCGCUUCUGAAGCUGCGAAGUCUGGUUGUCAAUACCAAUGUAUCUGAGGACAGCCGUGAGGAGAACCGUAGCAGCGACGACCUCUUCUUCCGUCGCCCGACGGCUGAAAAGAUCGACGUUUCUCACAGACCGCCUGUAUCGGACACGGAGGAGGAAGAGGACGAUGACAACAACAACAACAACAACAACAACAUCAUUAUCAAAGAAACUGAGGUCUUGUCCGAAGGCGGUUCGCAGCAGCUGCGAUCUUGCUCGCAGGCGACCAUGCUUUCCGACGCCAAACACGACAUAUUAUCGGUACUUUCUUCUCAGUCUGGAUCCAGCACCAUCCGCGCUGCUGGAGAUGUUCAAGCUCAGCUCGGGGUUUCAGGCCUGUCUGCUACCUCGGGCGCACCCUCGAACGUCUCUCAGACCUCCACGGCACGCGCAUGUUCGGUUCCACCAGGCGUGAGGCAGUCCGUUGAGCCGUCAUUUGGUGUGGCUGUCAAUGCCGACGCCAAGGACCGCGAUGGUGACACGGUGGGCCCUCUGCCAGCAAUGAGCCCUUCUGCAUCUCAACAUUGCUUGCCUAGUCGCCAACAUCGACGAGAUGGAUCUGUAGGAUCUACGUACAGCCAAAUGACGAUUCAGCAGGCUCGACGAUCGAGCACGGCGUCUCGUGUUACAGUGCGGAGCAGCGGUCACUGGAGCGAAGGCCGUCUUUCCGAGGAUGCGCUGAGUGCUUUGGAGGCCGAGGUGGGCCAGGCAAGACGCGCAGAGGUGAUCGCACUCGGCAAGGGGAGGGUCAAGGAUUGGGUGGGUGGCGGCGGCGCCGAUCGGCCUUUGCCGACUGCUGAAGCACCGACGCUUUCCCGUAGCAACACGUUGCGCAAGAAUAUCCACCAGGACACAAGCCAGCAUGUCGCGGAUCGGGUCGACGAACUGGAAUCACAGCGUCAAAAGACUCUGAACGAGCAUCUGGAUCGUAGACUUCAGCAGCUAUCGGAAGCGCAACUCGGAAAGGAUACAACAAUGGCUCGCAUGCCUUUCGACACCCAGGCUCGACGCCCUCUCGAUGAAAUCCUUCGAGAUGCAAGUCCCAAGAAGCAUCAAGACGAUCCUGCGAUGAAAGGCUCGGAGAUCGCUAGCCAAUCUGCACCAGGCAAGGGACGCUCCGAGGCCAAAGGCCUCGCAAGGCUCUCUGCGUUCCACGACCGCAAGCUCGUAGGACACUCGGAGCGCUCUCAGGUGGCUUUGAACUCGGCUACGGAAGAGGCGAUUCGUCUGGGCCGGGCGCCUUCGAAACGUGUUCGUCGCAAUGUCAGCGAGACUCAAAGUAGCGGCGAGGCAGUCAUGGUGCAGCGCGAGUCGGCGGUCACCGGCGAGGACUCUACAGCACCAAGCCUACUCGCUGCGCGACACCCUCGACGAUCAACUUCGCUAUCUCGCAAGAAAUCAGCAAGUGUUGUUGACCAACUGAACCCGACGCUGGACGCUGCUCUUCCAUUCAGCGCUGCCGUUGAAUGGCAGAACUCAGCCGCGCAGCCUGCGUGGCUAGCAUCACAGGGAAAAGCUGUGCGGAACGUGCAAGACGAUAGCAAGAAGCAUUCAAACCAGCGCACGUAUGCCACGUCCGAGGAAGCGGUACGAGCCAAGCAGCUAGAGCGCUUGGAGAGGAAGAAGCGACUGGCCGAAAAGGAGGCGAAGCGUCAAGCUCUGUUGCAGCAAAAGUAUGCGCACAAGAAGCAAAGCGAUCCGUUACUGGCGGCACGUUUGGCUCUGGCCGGAUUGGAGCCUCGCGAAGCAGCACCACGCGACAAGACGGACCAUACAGCAAACAAGACACUGUGUACGACGACAAAGUUGAGCACUGGCACGGUUGGCGGCGGACUGCAGCCUCCGGCGAUUCCAGAGCGACGAGGAUCAUCGCACUCUGGUGGGCGUCUCUCGGUGCCUCGAUCUCCGCUGGUACGAAAGAACUCGGACAGUGGUAGCGUUACCUCGUUCCACACGGCUGUGGAUGCUCCUGUCAGCGGUUCGGCUGCUGUUUUGGGCUCGCCACUGUCGAAAGCUGCUGUUGCUGCUCAGCCGUGCGCAAAUGUUGGGGAUGUGUCUUGCGACUCGAAAUGGAGUGGCGAGGUGCGACCGGACACUUCGUACAGCAUUGCAUCGUCGCUGGCAGUCGACUUUGAAUUUCCGGUGCCUCCGCAGCGGAUGAAAGAACAGCUGUCGGACGACGGCACGCUGCUCAGCCGCGCCGGACUGCAGCAGUCUCCGUAUCAACAAUGGCGAGAACGUCGUCAUUACGGCCAAGCUAGCCCCUUCAUGCAAGCGCCGCAGCGCGACUCGAGUCUACGAGACCGUUCUUUGCUGUUUCUGAGCAAGCGCGAGGAAGAGCAAGGGAUGACUGCAUCGAGAACCAUGCCCAAGCUGAUGACGGUAUCGGCGCUCGACUCUGUCAAACAGUCUGUAACGCUGCGAAAGUCGCGAUCGGUGGGGUACAACAGUGGCGACUUGCGCAAGCUGUCACGUGAACAGAUGAUGUGGGACGUCAGCCACCAUGCGAGUCCUGUGGGUAUGCAAGGCGAAGUUGACAGCGGGGGGCUGGCUGCGCAGUAUGGAGAGGCCAGAGGACUGGGUAUCGAGAUGGCGGACGAUUCGAGUAUCGCAGCAAGGUACUCAAAUGUCGGAUCUCAGAGAUACGCCAUCGCCGCCUAG